CCCGCGGGCUGCCGCCCGCGCUCUCCAUGAGGCUGCUGGCGCUGGCCCGCGCGGCACCGACGCGGGGAGCGCGCUUCGCGCUGACUCAGCGGCGGUGGCGGCGGCGGCGUUAGCCGGCCCUCGCGCUCUUUCCCUUCCUGGGGCGCCGACCCCGCCCGCCUGCUUGCUAGCCUGCCUGCCCGGCGCCACGCAAGAGAAGGUGCCAGGGCACGCGGAGCGGCGAGAGGCGCGCGGCCCCGGCCCCUUCCAUCUCCUGCGUUAGCGCUGCGGCAGUGGCGGAGGACUACGGCGACAAGGACGAGGGCCGCUCUCCCGCUCCUUACGUGCGGCGUCGCUCUGCUCCGCUGACCGGCCCACGGGAGUGCAGGCGGGGAGGCGGGAUGGAGUGAUAGGGAAGAUGUUUGUGGAUUCUUCUGUGGGAUCAGAGGGCACGCCUGUUGUAACCAGAGAACUCCAAGUAUAGCAGCAAGGAUGGAUGAACAGGCUCUUUUAGGGCUAAAUCCAAAUGCUGAUUCAGACUUUAGACAAAGGGCCUUGGCCUAUUUUGAGCAAUUAAAGAUUUCCCCAGAUGCUUGGCAGGUGUGUGCAGAAGCUCUAGCCCAGAGGACAUACAGUGAUGAUCACAUAAAGUUUUUCUGCUUUCAAGUACUAGAACAUCAAGUUAAAUACAAGUAUUCAGAACUAACCAGUGUUCAACAACAACUAAUUAGGGAGACACUCAUAUCUUGGCUUCAAGCUCAGAUGCUGAAUCCCCAACCAGAGAAGACCUUUAUACGAAACAAAGCAGCCCAAGUGUUCGCCUUGCUUUUUGUCACAGAGUAUCUUACUAAAUGGCCCAAGUUUUUUUUUGACAUUCUCUCAGUAGUGGACCUAAAUCCAAGGGGAGUAGAUCUAUACAUCCGAAUCCUCAUGGCUAUUGAUUCUGAAUUGGUGGAUCGUGAUGUUGUGCAUACAUCAGAGGAGGCUCGUAGGAAUACUCUCAUAAAAGAUACCAUGAGGGAACAGUGCAUUCCAAAUCUAGUGGAAUCAUGGUACCAAAUAUUACAAAAUUAUCAGUAUACUAAUUCAGAAGUGACAUGUCAGUGCCUUGCAGUAGUUGGGGCUUAUGUUUCUUGGAUAGACUUAUCUCUUAUAGCCAAUGAUAGGUUUAUAAAUAUGCUGCUAGGUCACAUGUCAAUAGAAGUUCUACGGGAAGAAGCAUGUGACUGUUUAUUUGAAAUUGUAAAUAAAGGAAUGGACCCUGUUGAUAAAAUGAAACUAGUAGAAUCUUUGUGUCAAGUAUUACAGUCUGCUGGGUUUUUCAGCAUUGACCAGGAAGAAGAUGUUGACUUCUUGGCCAGAUUUUCUAAGCUGGUAAAUGGAAUGGGACAGUCAUUGAUAGUUAGCUGGACUAAAUUAAUUAAGAAUGGGGAUAUCAAGAAUGCUCAAGAGGCACUACAAGCGAUUGAAACAAAAGUGGCACUGAUGUUGCAGCUACUAAUUCAUGAGGAUGAUGACAUCUCUUCUAACAUUAUUGGAUUUUGUUAUGAUUAUCUUCACAUUUUGAAACAGCUUACAGUGCUCUCGGAUCAGCAGAAAGCUAAUGUAGAGGCAAUCAUGUUGGCCGUUAUGAAAAAAUUAACUUAUGAUGAAGAAUAUAACUUUGAAAAUGAGGGUGAAGAUGAAGCCAUGUUUGUAGAAUAUAGAAAACAACUGAAGUUGUUGUUGGACAGGCUUGCUCAAGUUUCACCAGAGUUACUGCUGGCUUCUGUUCGCAGAGUUUUUAGUUCUACACUGCAGAAUUGGCAGACUACACGGUUUAUGGAAGUUGAAGUAGCAAUAAGAUUGCUGUAUAUGUUGGCAGAAGCUCUUCCAGUAUCUCAUGGUGCUCACUUCUCAGGUGAUGUUUCAAAAGCUAGUGCUUUGCAGGAUAUGAUGAGAACUUUGGUAACAUCAGGAGUCAGUUCCUAUCAGCAUACAUCUGUGACAUUAGAGUUCUUUGAAACGGUUGUUAGAUAUGAAAAGUUUUUCACAGUCGAACCUCAACACAUUCCGUGUGUACUAAUGGCUUUCUUAGAUCACAGAGGUCUGCGGCAUUCUAGUGCAAAAGUCCGGAGCAGGACUGCUUACCUGUUUUCUAGAUUUGUCAAAUCUCUCAAUAAACAAAUGAAUCCUUUCAUUGAAGAUAUUUUGAAUAGAAUACAAGACUUAUUAGAGCUUUCUCCACCUGAGAAUGGUUACCAGUCCUUGUUGAGCAGCGAUGAUCAACUAUUUAUUUAUGAGACAGCUGGAGUACUGAUUGUUAAUAGUGAAUACCCAGCUGAAAGGAAGCAGGGAUUAAUGAGGAAUCUGUUGACCCCACUAAUGGAGAAGUUUAAAAUUCUAUUAGAAAAACUGAUGCUGGCACAAGAUGAAGAAAGACAGGCAUCCCUAGCAGACUGUCUCAACCAUGCUGUUGGAUUUGCCAGUCGAACCAGCAAAGCUUUCAGCAACAAGCAGACUGUGAAACAAUGUGGUUGUUCCGAAGUUUAUCUGGACUGUUUACAGACAUUCUUGCCAGCGCUCAGUUGUCCCUUACAAAAGGAUAUUCUCAGAAGUGGAGUUCGCACUUUCCUUCAUCGAAUGAUUAUUUGCCUCGAGGAAGAAGUUCUUCCAUUCAUCCCAUCUGCCUCAGAACACAUGCUUAAAGAUUGUGAAGCAAAAGACCUCCAGGAGUUCAUUCCUCUUAUCAACCAGAUCACAGCCAAAUUUAAGAUACAGGUAUCCCCAUUUUUACAACAGAUGUUCAUGCCUCUGCUUCAUGCAAUUUUUGAAGUGCUGCUCCGACCAGCAGAAGAAAAUGACCAGUCUGCUGCUUUAGAGAAGCAGAUGUUGCGGAGGAGUUACUUUGCUUUCCUACAAACAGUCACAGGCAGUGGAAUGAGCGAAGUGAUAGCAAAUCAAGGUGCAGAGAAUGUAGAAAGAGUGCUGGUUACUGUUAUCCAAGGAGCAGUUGAAUAUCCGGAUCCAAUUGCACAGAAAACAUGUUUUAUUAUUCUCUCAAAGUUGGUAGAACUCUGGGGAGGUAAAGAUGGACCAGUGGGAUUUGCUGAUUUUGUCUAUAAGCACAUUGUCCCUGCAUGCUUCCUGGCACCUUUAAAACAAACCUUUGACCUGGCAGAUGCACAAACAGUAUUGGCUUUAUCUGAGUGUGCAGUGACACUGAAAACAAUUCAUCUCAAACGGGGCCCAGAAUGUGUUCAGUAUCUUCAACAAGAAUACCUGCCCUCCUUGCAAGUAGCUCCAGAAAUCAUUCAGGAAUUUUGUCAAGCGCUUCAGCAACCUGAUGCGAAAGUUUUUAAAAAUUACUUAAAGGUGUUCUUCCAGAGAGCAAAGCCCUAAGACUGGAUCUCCCUGUGCCUACUUCUUGAUCAGGAAUUCCAGUGAAUAAUUUAUAAAGAAGUGAUUUUUGUGUGCCAUUCACACUGGUCUUUUUAACAUUGUUUUGAGCUUAUUAGAGUAUAUGUAUUGGGAUUUUUAUGUAAAAUGGGUAUAAUUUUCCCUAAAUACAGGUAUGUGACAACAAGAAAAGUUGUGUGCAUGCCAACUCAAUUGUUCUAUAUAAAAAUGCUGUUAAAAGACACAGUGGUUAUCUUAGUACCUUAAUUUUUUUUUAUUUGAAACUUUAAGUCAAGUCCUUUAUAAAGAAUUAUAGCUGUGGAAAACGGUGUACUUUUUAAAAAAUUGCUGAAUAUAAAAUGUUUGAAAAUUUUAAUUUUCUUUAAGUGCAAACACAAAGUAUGGGGGGAUAUAACAAUUAAAACUAAUUUUUUUGUAGAUAGCCAUUAUAUUUCUUUGAACAGUUAAAAUGCCAAUGUGGAUUCUACAAAACAGAAUGGUUUCUAUAAAUUAGUUGAUUUAAAAGUAGGUGCCAGUGUUCCACAUUUUUUUAUAAAAAUAAAUUUUAUGUAGUGAAAUCUACCAAGUCGUUUCUGGAAUUAUUGUAAAUGCUUUAGUCUUAUUUUCUCAUCUUAAUCUCUCCUUGAUGUCCCAUUUCAAGUUUUGCAAAUAUGAGUAUAUGGAUGCUUUAUUUCAUUUAAUUUUGCUCCUAAAAGGUUACAUGUAACUUAGUUUUGUUAAAGAGUCUUUUAAAAAUGUACUAGAAAAAGCCUAUGUGAAUCUGUUGAUAGAAUUAAAAUCCCAAUUCUUUUCCUAACUUUUCUAUUGGAUGUACUUAGAACACAGUAUACCUGUGUGUUUAUGAUGUUUAUAAAUGGUAGCUGACCAUUUAAUUAGUACUUACCCCUACCACCUUCCAUUUUUAUUCAUGGCUACUUGAGAAAGCAAAGGGAAAAAUAAUAGCAUCAGUAGUAGCCUUGGAAAAUCCUGAGAGGAGGGACAAAACUGAAGAGCAGAAUUACUACAGACAUUUAAGUUUAAAUUCCAAAAGCCCAAUUAAGAUUUUCAGGAAGGGUCUGUUUGUUUGUUUUACCCUUUGGCCAUUGUGUCUCCUAGGGGUUUCAUGGAUGGGUUUCAGCAGCCUAUAAACUCCCUAAAAUUGUAUUUUAAAUUGUGCGCGUGAAUCGUUUUCUGGGUUUAAUUCCAGAGGAAAUUUUAAAUGUUUUUCUUAGAUCAUGGAAUAAAAGUACUUCACCAAAUUGAUGGUUAAUUGUAAAAACAGAUCAGUGGAAUGUAUAUAUUAUACGUCAAUAAAAAUGUUUUUAGAAAUA